GUAGGUUCGACCACUUCCGCGCUGCAGACCUUCAACUACGUGCCCGGGCGCCUAGCAGUAGCCCUCCUUGGAGCAGAGCGGAGCUCAUGCGGAAGGGACGCGUGCGCUUCAAUCCACCGGUUUGCGAACCUGCUGCAGAGCCGAUCCUCGUGAGCUCGCCACCUUCCGCAGCGGACGUGGCUCUCGUCUUCCGGGUCAUCGCCGACAACUUCAAGACCCAGGUAGGUUCGACCACUUCAGCGCUGCAGACCUUCAACUACGUGCCCGGGCGCCUAGCAGUAGCCCUCCUUGGAGCAAAGGAGCUCAUGGAAGG